GUGGGGUGUUCGCAAUGGCGCCGUCUCUCUGGCGGAGCCUAUUCUCGGAUUGAGGGGACACUGCCAGCCGCGUGUCGGUUUUGACCCGGGACCAGGCUAACGCAGUUGUUAGCCCGGAGUGUCGUGGACAAACAAAAGACACAAACUAUCUACAGCCCUUUACCCCCAGCCAGAACAUAUUGUGAAUCGGUUUAUGGACGUCUCAGAUUCUGUAAGACAGUUUCUGUCUCAGGAUCAUUUAAACCUCCCCGAAGAAAGCUCUUUCAUCAAUAAUACGGAUUCGUAUCAAGCUAUUGACGCGACAUUGAAGAUGUUGAGUGAUAAGGAUCCAUUACUGCCAUCAUCCAGUGAACCAUUCAGAUUGGAGUUGCAGGCAGAUGGUAGUGAGCAGUGCCAGAUAGACACAGCAGAAGCCCUAAGGUUAGGAGAUGUAGGUGCUGUCAUCACUGCAGUGGAAGAAGAUGAACAUGACAGAGCAUCUGGGCUUCAAGAAUCUUCACAGAAUAGCAGUAACUCGGAGCCUAAUCCAGUUCAACCCAACAGAAAGUCUCCCCGGCUCCAUGCACCAGUAGCUGUUCUGGAGAGUAAAGAUGAGAACAAAGAUCAGUCUGCACGAAUCAUCCAUCCAAGCAGUAAAGAAUUUAAAAAGACUUGGGGAUUCCGACAGACGACUAUUGCAAAACGUGAGAAUGCUAUGGAUGCAGAGAACUCUGACACAGCCCUGAGUGAGAACUCCGACCAUUUAACACCCUUAUUGAGAAGGAGCAGACGGCAAACUCAGAGGUCUGCCAGAGUUCAGGAAUUUAUUUCAGCAGCUCAGAAACGCUAUCGCAAAAUGUCAGGCCUUGAUGAUGGCGAAUGUGGAUCCAUUGCAACUUCUGAGGCGGGAACAGGCUCCGAUGGGAGUGUGGAUGUGGAUGAAAAGGGUGUUGGAUCUCUAGACGUGGCCACAGACAAGGGCUCUGCCAGUAUAUUUGAAAGAACAAAUGAAGUGGCUAACUCUGAAGACAGCAGCACGAACAGCGACAGUGAUGAACUUACGCUGAAGGAACUACAGAAUCAGUUGAGAAAGCAACGUGGUGGUCAAGAGCAGCCUGAUUCACCACAGAAUUCGUUCAAAGGACAGGAAAUGUGCGCUGAAGAAAAUCAAUCUAGAAAAGAAUCAAAGUCUGUUGUCACUACAAAAGCUAAAAAGAAAAUAAUAACUCCUGGAAAGAAAAGUACGAAAAGUGGUCCACCUUCAAAGGAAAAAGAAUCGAAAUCACAAUUAGAUGUUAAGUCGGAGUCAGAUGAUGAUGAAAGUUCAACCAAUCAAUCAGACAAUGAAUACAAUGAUCCAGAUAAAUUAUAUUGUAUAUGUAGGCAACCACAUAACAACAGAUUUAUGAUUUGCUGCGAUCGCUGUGAAGAAUGGUUCCAUGGUGACUGUGUGGGAAUUACAAUGGCAAGAGGGCGCUUACUGGAGCGCAAUGGGGAAGACUAUAUCUGCCCUGAUUGUAGUCCAUCUUCAAGCAAAGGCUCAGGAACCACAGUAAUGAAAUCUGGUCAACAGGAAAGUAAACCAUUGCUGGCAAGCAGCAAUGACCCCAGCUCAAUAGUCGAGAAGCGAGAGGGAAACUCUCCCACUGAUCAGGGAAUAAAAGGCAGGAUCGAGAAAGCAGUCAAUCCAAGUGGCAAGAAGAAAAUUAAAAUCUUCAAACCGGCAGUGGAAAUUCCUGCAGUACCAAAGUGUAUUGGGCCUGGCUGUUCCAACCUAGCCUCUACUGACUCUGUGUACUGCAGCAAUGACUGCAUACUAAAACACGCUGCAGCUACUAUGAAAUCUCUCAACCAAGCAAAGGAUCAGAAACAAAAGACAAAAGGAAAAUCAAAGACUGAGAAGGUGACUUCAUCCAAGUCCAUUGCAGAGGCAAGUUCGAAACCUUUAACACUGGGUCCACUCAAAGCUGAAGACUUAAAUACGAAAGAAUUUCCAACGAAAAAAUUGGUAGUAUUGGUCCAUAAGAGUCCUGUGCCACCACAAAAAGAAACUGUAUCAAGCAAUGUUGCAGGGACUUGGACGAUUGAUCAUAAUUACAACGCUGUAAAACCUGAAAAGACUCUGAUAUCUGCUUCGGUAUUUUACAGAUCGUUGACUCCAAAGGACAAGACAGCUGAUUCUGAAUCUCUCAACGAACAACCUUCUACAACUCUGCAGUCUGUUUCCUCAAAGCCAUCAGCUACAGCGACUAAGCAGCCUGCGGGUUCAGUGGAACAACGUGUUGCACCUAAACGGUCUACUACAUCUCAACAGAUUUCUUCAUCUAAACAACAGACUGCAUCUAAGCAUCAAGUCUCAUCAAAACAUUCAAUUUCAACUAAACAACAGACUUCAACCAAACAAGGCAGCACUGGGUCAGAAUACCGAAUACCAUCUAAGCAUUCUUCAGCACCCAAACACACUCUGUAUUCAUCUGAGCAGGCUCCAGCUAGAAAAUCUGCUGAUAAGCAGCAAGUUCAACUUUCAGCACCGGCUACAAAAAACACCAGCCAGCUGUCUAACCCUCAGAUUCGACAUAACAUCCGCCGGUCGCUAAAGGAGAUACUUUGUAAAAGGGUGAAUGACUGUGAUGACCUUGAUGUAACUGAAGAUACAAUUGGAAAAAUAGCAGUGAACAUUGAGAAGGAGCUCUUCACCCUGUUCCAAGAUACUCACAGCAAAUACAAGAGCAGAUACCGGAGUAUUAUGUUUAAUUUGAAGAACCCUAGGAACCAGGGUCUCUUCCGACGUGUUGUACGAGAAGAGAUUGUUCCGUUCCACCUGGUACGUAUGAGUCCUGAAGAAAUAGAAUCGAAGGAACUAGCUGUUUGGGAAGAGAGAGAGAGCAGAUCUGCACAAGAUCAAAGUGAAAGAUUGCAGCAUGAAACCAAAGGUUCAGUCUUGCGGGCUGCCAACAAGCAUGAAGUAGAUAUGGAGGAGGCACCACCUAUGUCUGAUGCUGAUGAGCAGGAAGAUAUCCGUCCUGCUCAGAAGACUAGCCAUCCGCUACCUGAUAUCUUCAGCAGCAUGCUUAAGGACACAACAGAUGAACACCGAGCUCACCUAUUUGAUCUGAACUGCAGAAUCUGCACAGGAAAAGUUCAAGUCUCAGAAGAUGAACCAAUGCCUAAGAAGCCGAAAGUGGUAACCAAAAAAGCAGAACCAAAAUUGAAAUCAAAGCCUGAUGUGAGAUGUCAGCAAGAGCAAGACAAAACAGCAGUGACGGUUUCAAUAGCAGGAGAGAACUCUGGUUUGACCCCCCAAGAAAUGAGCUCUCUUCCUUCUCAAUCAAUAGUCACGACAGCUGCUACUGUAGUUACUUCACAGCCUACUUCAGAAACAGUCAGCAACUCAUUCAUAUCACCAGCUAAUCAUCCAGCUCGAGCUGUCAGCACAGAGAGAACGUCUGUCACGAUAGGUUCUGCCCUUACCCCCUCCAUUGUCUCUAAGCCUACAUUAUCAGCACCUUCAGUUAGUACCGCAGGUUCCGACAGAGUGAUGGGGAGAACUUCUGGUGGUGGAAAGGAGGAGGAAGAGGCACCAAAAUCCAUUUUAACAUCUGCAGCUCCUAAAUCUAUACUGACAAAACCAUCAACAGCACCUGAGCAAAACUAUACAGUAUCAACAACAGUAAGGAUUUCAGAAGCAAAGACCCCAGCUGAAUUGGAUACUUCAUUGUUCCUCUCUCACCUGGAUGCUAUCUGGAAAGGAUUUAUCAAUAUGCAUGGUGUAGCAAAGUUUGUCACUAAAGCUUAUCCAGUAUCUGGCUCAAUUGACUAUUUAGUAGAGGAUUUGCCUGAUACAAUUCACAUCGGUGGCAGAAUUUCACCCCACACAGUCUGGGAUUACGUAGGAAAACUGAAGUCAUCUCUUUCCAAGGAGGUCUGUCUAAUUCGAUUUCACCCAGCCACGGAGGAAGAGGAAGUCACCUACAUAUCGCUGUAUUCCUACUUCAACAGCCGGGGUCGCUUCGGCGUGGUGGCAAAUAAUGCCAGGCACAUCAAGGACCUCUAUCUAAUUCCGCUUGCUGCUAAUGACCCGAUUCACUCCAAAUUAUUACCUUUUGAGGGCCCAGGUUUGGAGAAGAACCGCCCGAACCUCAUCCUGGGCUUGGUGAUCCGGCAGAAGGGGAAGCGCCGCCCGUUGGAGCCCGAGCCGGAGCCUGAGCCCGAGUCCGAGCGGGGGGACAGUGCCCCGGCCGACGAAAAGAGGAGCCGGCUCACUGCCCCGGAGGACUACCCCGUACCCUCGGCGCCAGCGAGUAGGGAGGGCAAGGCUGGUAGGAGCCUGUAUGGAGAGGGGGCAGGGGCUGGCACCCCUCCGGGCUCUCCCCCGCUUGAAGCCGAGUCGGAAGCGGCUCCUACUGCCGCCAAAGCCGCUCCCCCGCCGCCAGCCCCGGCGAAGGUAGCCAAUCCCCUGCAGCACAUCCUCCAGACUCUCUUCGGGGGCAAGAAGAGUUUCGAGAAGAUCAAGGAGCCGAGCCCGGAGCCCGAAUCUCAGGCAGCAGCCCCCCUCCUGGACCCGAUCGUGCAGCAGUUCGGCCAGCUCCAGGAAGACAAGCCCCCUGAGCCUGAGGACGAUGAUAACCGGCCGUACGACCCUGAGGAGGAGUACAAGCCCGAGGCGGACACCCCAUACGACCCGGCCGACGAGACCAUUCUGGAGGAGGCUAUGGUGCCAAUGGCCGGGGAGGCGGCUGCUGGCGAGGCCAGGGCCAAGGGCAUAGAGCUGGGGCCCGAGCUGUAUCUGAGCUCGUCGCUGCAGGAGCAGCAGAAGAUGCUGGAGACCCUGAACCAGCAGAUCGAGGAGCAGACCCGCCAGGUGGAGGAACAGGAGGAAGCCCUCAGGCAGCAGAGAGCGGCGGUCGGUGUCUCCAUGGCUUGCUUCUCCGUCUCGGAUGCUCUGAUGUCUCCUCCGCCCAAAACCGCCUCCUUCAAAGCCGAGCUCUUUGAGGUGCCCGAGCCGGGUGUGGGGCAGCUGCCAGGCCUGGAGCCCGUUGUCCCCUCGGGUCUCUCCCAGAUGAUUGACCAGAGCAGGGACCCUCGCCAGGCUGCCGUCAGGAGGCUGGCUCCUGGCCGAGCACCCGGGGAAGCUGCAGCCCUCGCGGUCGAUCAGCCCGCAGCCACCGCGCCUUUCAACAGCCCAAGGCUCCAGGAGGUAGCUCCCCAAGAGCUCCGUGGCCCAGGCCAGCACUCCGGAGAGGGGCCCACACCUAAUCCGCCAACGCACUGGGCCAAUGAGGAGCCCAGGGCCAUUGCAGAGGCCCUUCGGCCCCUCUUGUCCCAGGAGCCAGCCCCUGGGCCGGGUGGCCUCUCCCAGCCCUUCCCCGUGGUGGAACAGGCUCAUUUCCCAGCUCCCCAGCCUGCUCCCAAAGGCCUAUUACCCACUCCCAUCCUGCCUUCCCUCCUGGGUCCCUCUUACCCUGGGGAUCGGCCUGCCUUCCCCUCUCCUCCGCGGGGCUCCCAAUCGUUUGGCAACUCUCAGGAAAACUUUCACCCUGGGAAUAUGCAGCAACCCGUGGGACCUUUCCCAAAUUUCCAACAUCCCAACAGCCAACACCUCCCCAGAAAAGGCUCGGAUUUUAUCCGGGAGCCGGGACCCGCUUUUCAAAGCCCCAAACCCCUGCCCCUCUUCCCCAGGGGCGCUCCUACUCAUCGGUAUCGCUUCCCAGGCCAGACCCCUAUCCCAGGUUUCAACCAAGUCCCCCAUCCCAUGGGAAACCAGUCCCCCCAUCUCAUGGGAAACCAGUCCCCCCAUCCCAUGGGAAACCAAUCCCCCCAUCCCAUGGGAAACCAGUCCCCCCAUCCCAUGGGAAACCAGUCCCCGGCGCAGCAAGAGUUGCUCCCGGCUCCUGGCUCGGUCCUGAAGGGCUCAGACUCGGAGAGAUUGGGAUCGGCUCAAGGUCCUGGCCCAGAUUCCCGGGACCGGGAGAGAUCCCGGACAUACCCCGGCAGGGGGCGAGACGGCCGGGUGGAACGGCCUGAGAACCGUUACCCAGCCGAGCGGUUCCGCAGGGGUGAGGAGAGACGGAGAGACCGGGAUCGGGAAUACGGGCGCCCCUGGGAGCGGGAACGUGGCCGAGCAUGGAACCGGGACUGGGAGCGAAACAGGGAGAGGGAAAGGAACAGGAGCCGGGAGAGAGAGCACGACCGGGACAGGUACCGGAGGAGGGAACGGGAGCGGGGCCGAGACAGAGAGCGGAGCAGAGACAAGGAGAGAGAGCGCGGCAGAGAGAAAGACCAUGACCGAACUAAAGAGAAGGAGCGGCGAGAGAACAGCAGCAGGAACAGCGAGCAGGAGAAAGAGAAGGGCCGAGAGGGCAGGAGCAGCGAGCAGGAGAAAGAGAGGGAGAGUGAGGACAGUAAGAAAUCUGCAGCAGAGAGCGCCACUGCCGACUCCAACACCAAAGCAGCAUCGUGAAGCUGUCAGCACCGGCAUUUGUUCCGGUUCGGACACUCAGAGACUGGCCGGAGAGGGGCAGAAAGUGGACAGUGUCCUCUUCCCUCAAUGCACGGUCCUGUAAAGUCUGCGGCUGACUUCAAUCCAAAACCAAUUGCCAUGUUGUAAUCGGGGCGAGUUCUGCCGCACGCAGUUCUCUUUAAUGUUUCUGAUAUGAGGAACCCCCCCCCCCCCCCCCCACCAACCACCGAGCCUCAAGCAGAGGCUGGUUAAAACUGCACUGGCCCGGUGACAUUGAUCAGAGACACAGCAAUGAAGCAGAGCCGCUGGGUGCUCUCCUCGGUGGGGGUGGGGGGGGGGGGGGGUGCUGCUGGUGGUGGUGUCUUUGAGUGUCGCUAUUCCCUCCCCCGGGCAGGGUAUACCAGGGUUUAAUCCGAUCCCAGUUGGACUGCCUCAUUAACUGCGGACAGUUCGUUGGAAACCAGUCAGGUGCUGGGCAGCAUCAGCAGCCCCCGAGCGGAGAGGCAUAGGGUCAGUGUUUCACAUCAAUGACGACUAUUCAUUGACCCACUCACCCGGUCCCUCUUCAUCAGGAGCUGCCGACUCUCUUCAGCGUGUUCUGUCUUUGAAACAAUAUCUAAACUUGUGGGUUUGAGUUAAUGAGCCGCAGAUUAGGUUAAAACGUGCGUUUUUUUCUAAAACCUCAGGAGUGUCCGAGCGAAUAAUUCGGCGCGGGUUCUGAAUGAAAUGUUGACGCUAUUGAAUUGAUGGAAAGUUGGGGGGUGGGGCGGGGGGGGGGGCGGUUUCUGGGGUUCUCCAGAUCCACGAGACGGUCGCGGAAAUUUGGGGAAGAGCCAGCUUUGUCGUUGGUCUGUAAUAUAGUUUCUUUUCUAAUUCACUGAUCAAAUUUUGUAAGGACUGCACAGUGUAACCAUGAACUACAUGCGGUGUCUGUCUGUCCUGGUUGCAGGCAGACAAUUCCUAAAUCCCGAUCUUCCCGCCAUAAUCCUGGUGGGAUUCCCCUCCCUGUCCCGGACGAUCAUCCAAAUUUAAGGAAUUCUUGUUUCUGUUUUGUAUUUCUGCCUAAAAAUAAACUAGACUGUACCGAAAAGGGAAGCUCAGGUAAAGACGAAAAGUAAUGUGUGUGGCGACAGUGCACCGUGUGUAGGUCGUUACUUUUAUCAACAAGUAAAAGACUGCGAAGAAAUUCAAAUUUUCGCAGUUUAUCCGCCGACAGGAAUCUCCCAAAUCCCGGGAUUUUGCGUUGGGAGUGGGGUUCUAUCUUCCUUCUACUAUCACUUGGAUGUCUACAUCCUCCAGAUCAUUAUCCAACAUUGUACACCGAGGGCGAGUUAUCACCCGUAUGCAAAAAGUACUGCAACUUUAAUAUGUACCGAAUAUUUCUGUUGUACCACUAACUUUUCUAAUCUUGUACAGUUUGGAGCGAGUCACUGAUUCAGUCGCGGAGCUCAAAGUGCAUUGACUUGCAUUGUUCUUUUUGUAAUGGUAUGUGUUACCGAAACCAACAGACUUUAUCACUGGAUAUGAACCGGAUUUGAUUUGCUUAAGGGGGAAAACGAAAUUGUA